AUGAACGUUUACAUUUGCCUCGCCGCUUCCGUCGUCCUUUGUGAAGUGGAACUCGCUUCAGUCACUCGCUCCGACGCAGUUACAGGUAGAGCUUCACUGCGCACAAACGCUACGCAAAAGACCAAUAACUUUGUAGAAGUAAUAAAAAAAGAUCUCAAACGCAACAAUGAUGACUACAAGGACCUCACAACAGAGAGCAAGCUCAUUAUCACCAAUAAACUACUUGACUUUACUAUUAAAACUGUUCCAGUCGUAUUUGAUAGCAAAGUUGUAAACGUUAAAAAUAACGUGAAAACUUUCAGAAGAACUAAUGACCGAUCCUAUGAAUAUUACGACUUUCUUAAUAAAGAACCUGCUAACAAUGAAAAUUUAAAAAGUACUAAAAGUACUUCCAAGAUGGUGACAUACAAGACUCCGAGAUUACGAAACUUAUCACCCGGGCUUAAUUUCAUGCCUCCUGUACAUAAUCAAAGUGUGAUUGAAAAUCUUAACGGAGUGAUGUUGCCGCUCCACAAACCUUCCCCCGGUAUCGUACAGAACAUACAGCACACAUAUAGACCCAGUACUGCCUCUAAAUUAGUUAACAAAAGGAAAAUUGAUAAAUUCAAACAAUUCGUUGAAAAAAAUAAGAAAUUAUUUCAAGAAUACUUAAGUACGCAAGUUGACGUUCUAACUCCGAAAGCUCUACUACGACAACUUCAUGCGAACGAAAAUAAACAAAAUAAAUUAAAAGAACAGAAAAAAAUGAUGAAGUCUAAAGUAUGGAGCGAUGACAAUAUCGACGAGCUUCCCAACGGCGACCUGUUGGACAUGGCGCCGGGCACGGGCGUGCGGAUACACAAGCAAAGGGUUAAGGGCCGCAUCUGCCACCGCCACGUGCUGAUGCCGGAGGGCCCCAAGUACGACAGCGCGGGCCGCGGGUACCUGCCGGCGCACGCGCGCGCGGCGCGCCGCCCCUUCGAGCGCACGCGCGAGCCCGCGCUGCUGCUGCCCCGGUGCUGCAACUGCUGCAAGAAGUCCGUGCUCGGCUGCGAG